AUGGCGGACAGUCCGAAAAAAGACCUCGCUUAUUCGCACGCUACCUCGGUGAGGGAGGUGUUUGACAGCGAGAGGAGCUCCCAGGCCACAUUCAAUGCAGAGCCGUCAGCCAAAGCCGAACAAGUGAAAAGACAAUGUCUCCUCUGGCCACCACGGAAUCGACGAGAUCGGAUUAUCCUGAGCGCUCUUGGGAUUCUGGCAGCCGUGCUUCUCUCGCUAGUCAUCGCUCUGCCCAUUGCCCUCACCCGAAAUCCCGUCGACUACCACUACAGUGGCCGGCCCGUUGAUCCCACAUAUCACAUCGCCGAGAACCGUCCCGUCUUUGGGGUCUUUGAUUUCCCCGAUCCGGGUCUCAUCCACCACAAUGGCACCUGGUAUGCGUACGGGACGAACCCCAUGAGAGACGACCCGACUUCUGUUCAUGUCCCCGUGGCCACAUCAACCAACUUUAUCAACUGGACUCUUCACCACGGCUACGAUGCGAUGCCAGGCGUGGGCGAAUGGGAGCGCGGAAUCAAUCACUGGGCACCCGAUGUGAUCCAACGGGACGAUGGAAAGUUUCUUCUCUACUACGCUGGACAAGAAAAGCACUAUCACAAACAACACUGUGUCGGAGUUGCAGUUUCGCAAGGCGAUGACCCACUGGGUCCAUACAUCCCCGAAAAGGAGCCGUUGGCCUGCCCACACAAACACGGCGGAGCUAUCGAUCCUUCACCAUUUAGAGAUGUCGACGGCAAAUUGUAUGUCACUUACAAGGCCGAUGGAAACAGCGUGGGCCACGGGGGUUACUGUGGCAAUAGCUUGCCGCCCAUAGUCUCCGUCCCGAUUAUGCUCCAAGAGAUGGAGAGCAAUGGCAUCACCAAGAGGGGGCCACCGGAAAUCAUUCUUGACAUUAUACCCAGCGAUGGCCCGCUUGUUGAGGCCCCCAAUAUCAUCCGCAGAGAGGACGGCACCUACUUUCUCUUCUACUCCUCUCACUGCUACACGUCGCUAUGGUACGAUGUGAAAUAUGCCCAUGCGAGCUCGAUCAGAGGACCCUACACACGAGCCACUCGGCCACUUUUUGAAACGGGUGAUUUUGAUCUUCGAUCGCCGGGUGGGGCAACAGUUUCUCCUGACGGAACAAAGAUGGUCUUCCAUGCGGAUUGUGAUACGAAGAGCCGGAUUCCGGGGCCUAGCGAUUCAGAACAUAGCUGGCGGUGCAUGUAUGCCGCGGCCAUCAAUAUUCAAGCCAACAACACCAUCGCCCUGUCCUCACUUGACCUGGCGGUUUCUGCAAAUUCUACGACCCUCCCACAUAACGAGACAACGGUUGAUUGA